UCAUUACUGGCUUCUUCGAAAAAAAAGCUCUCGUUAAAGCUCUCAGACUCAGAGAGGUUAGGGUUGCGAUAAUUACUUGGAAAAUUGAUCGAGUUUUCGUCUUCUUCUUCUUAGGUUUUCUCGAUCUGGUUGGUUCCUUUAACCUAUGGCGACAGAACCGAAGGCGGCGACUGCUGAAGUGGUAAAGAUGGAUCUGUUUGAGGACGACGAUGAGUUCGAGGAAUUUGAAAUCAACGAAGAUUGGUUGGAGAAAGAAGAAGUCAAGGAAGUUAGCCAGCAGUGGGAAGAUGAUUGGGAUGAUGAUGAUGUCAAUGACGACUUCUCGCGUCAGUUAAGGAAGGAGCUUGAGAAUGGUAGUGAGAAGAAAUGAGGUCGAAGAUUAUGAAAAGUAGGUUUUCACAUUCAGGAAAUCUUGGUUUUCUUGUAUGAUCUGCAACUUUGUUUGAAUUGCGUCCUUUGUAUUUUUUUGUUUUUGUUUUUCUUUGCACAUUUUACUCUUCCUUGGAUGCAUAUUCCCUUGUCUUUGAAGAUGAUAAAUUUGAACACUACCAUCUUCUGAUAAUCACCAUCUUCUCUCAA